CUAAAUAAGACUUUUCAGGAUCAGGGAAAAGUAUUUGAUGAAAUAUUCCAGCAGUUUCAGAAUAUGAGAGAAAACUUAAACAACUUCAAAUCACAUUUUACUGCUGAAACAGAUGGCAUACCUGUACUUUCAAGGUGUAUGCAGAUACUAACUCAGAGGUGUGGAAAUUGUAAAUUAACGGUAGAGAGACGGAAAUACAGCGUUGUGAUUGUGUACGAGAACCAAGAUGUAAUGCGUAACAGCACAACGAAUCCACAACAAGUCCUCGACUGCUUACAACUAUUUAACUCAUUCAACAAAAAUAUACAGAAAAUUUUGGAAAGAGCACCGGAAGUAGAGAAUUCCGCCAAAAUUCUUCUGGAUGACGAAGAUAAUAUGCGAAAGGAAGUGACGAAAGCCGAUUUGGCGGGAACGGAGGGACCGGAAGCCAUGAAGAGGUGUAAUGAGAACAUUCAUAAACUGAGAAAGAUGAACAGUCAUCUGAAAACUAUUAAAAGUCACACAGAACGAACUAUGAAGGAAGUUAUAGAGGCCUCCAAAGCUUUGUUCAAUGAGACAAAUCCAUAGUGUAUACAUGUCAAGAUUGACGAAUGAUUAUCGUAUGUCAUUAUUUGAUUAUUUUUUUUUUCUGUUGUGUUAUUGAAUAUAUCAAUAUUUUUUA